AUGGACGAAGAAACCAACUCGACUACUCCUAUUUCAACGCCGGGCACCAGGUCGUCCGGCAACAUCGACCGCCUUCCAGCCACUGCAGAGGCGGAUCUUGCCUCUCCUCUGAGCUCAUCGCCACUCGACGCCGAUGUCCUCGAUUCCCCGACCCUCAGCGCAACGACGCCCAAGAGCCACAGGCUGUCCAGGAAUCCGUCCUUCUCUGGCAGCAGCAGCACCUAUCAAGAUGACUGGGACACGCUGCCGCCGCUGGAUCGAUUGACCGUCCUUGAUCUCCUGGACAAUUUUGCCCUGCCGCAGCAGCUCGAGAAGCUCCAGAGGGGCAUUUCCGCCCAGACCGACAAGGUUCGACGAUCAAGAGAUGCCUUCAAAUCCAAGACCCAGCUGGCCCGCGAGCGAAUGGUGGAAGAAUGGCGGCGACGUGUCCCCUCGGCCGACGAGCAGCUCGAGCGGUACAGGAAGCGCAUGCGGGAGCGAGUCGAGAAGCUCGGCAAGCAAUGGAACAAUACCAAGGCCAUCAGUCUCCGAGAAAAGAUAUCCUUCAUCUGCGGCGUUAUGAACAUCUUUGCAAGCGGAUACCUCAUGGGUGGUUUUCCUGAAUGGUUCCACAUCUGGUAUACUGUCCAGCUCAUAUACUUUAUGCCCAUCCGUAUCUUCACCUACAAGCGGCGUGGAAUGCACUACUUCUUGGCCGAUCUCUGCUAUUUCGUCAACGUGCUGCUCAGUCUUAGCCUCUGGGUCUUCCCCCAAUCGAAACGGCUCUUCAUGGCGGCGUACUGUCUGUCUUAUGGCAACAAUGCUGUGGCAAUCAUCAUGUGGCGUAACUCCCUGGUAUUCCACAGCUUUGACAAAGUCACGUCUCUCUUCAUACACAUCAUGCCCUGCGCCACGCUCCACUGCAUUGUGCACCUCUACCCGCCUGCAGAGCAGAUGAUACGGUUCCCAGCUAUCUACGCCAUCAAGUAUUCGGUCCCUGGAUCGCCGACGGCGUACGCGAAUGUCCUCUCCAUGCUUGCGUGGAGCACCCUUCCCUAUGCAAUCUGGCAACUAAACUACUACUUCUUCAUCACUGUGCGCCGAAGAGACAAGAUUGCUGCUGGCCGUCUCACGUCCUUUACCUGGCUUCGACGAUCAUAUGCCAAGACCUGGAUUGGCAAAUUCGUCCUCGCCCGCCCUGCCGCGCUGCAAGAACCCACCUUUAUGAUAAUUCAGUACUUUUACGCCGUGCUCACCAUCCUCCCCUGCCCGCUCUGGUUCCUUAGCCGAUGGGCUUCCACCGCAUUCCUCCUUGUUGUAUUCGGCUGGAGUAUCUACAACGGUGCUACCUUUUACAUCGAUGUCUUUGGCAAGCGCUUCCAGAAAGAGCUCGAGGCGAUGCGAGCAGACGUCAUCAAGUGGCAGAACAACCCAGAGACGCUACCCCAGUCUCCUCAUAUGACUCCACACACGGAUGGUCCGCCUGUGCAAGGUGGCACAAGUUUAGACGCGCAAUUGGCAGCUUCGCCUCUGGCACCGUCGCCAAUGCGACCGACUGCCGGAAAGGACAGAACUACGAGCCUGGACCAUAUACCCAUGCUAGAUGAAACUUCCAAGGUCAGCGCUACUGGAGUGGACAGAGGGGAUGACGGCAUCGCGAGGGAACGGAAAGCAGGCGAAGACUAA